CACAUGCCCGGAUCUCUCUCUCUGUAUCCCUAGAUGGUCACCAUGGGCCAGUGCUACUACAACGAGACCAUCGGCUUCUUCUACAAUAACAGUGGCAAGGAGCUCAGCUCUCACUGGCGGCCCAAGGAUGUGGUUGUGGUGGCACUGGGCCUGACCGUCAGCGUGCUGGUGCUGCUGACCAACCUGCUAGUGAUAGCAGCCAUUGCCUCCAACCGGCGCUUCCAUCAGCCCAUUUACUACCUGCUCGGCAACCUGGCCGCGGCUGACCUCUUCGCUGGUGUGGCCUACCUCUUUCUUAUGUUCCACACGGGCCCACGCACUGCCCGGCUUUCGCUUGAGGGCUGGUUUCUGCGGCAGGGCUUGCUGGACACGAGCCUGACGGCAUCAGUGGCCACACUGCUGGCUAUUGCCGUGGAGCGGCACCGCAGUGUGAUGGCAGUGCAGCUGCAUAGCCGCCUGCCCCGUGGCCGCGUGGUCCUGCUCAUUGUGGGCGUGUGGGUCGCAGCACUGGGCCUGGGGCUGCUGCCUGCCCACUCCUGGCACUGCCUCUGCGCCCUGGACCACUGUUCACGCAUGGCACCCCUGCUCAGCCGCUCCUAUCUGGCUGUCUGGGCUCUGUCCAGCCUGCUCGUCUUCCUGCUUAUGGUGGCCGUCUAUACCCGCAUUUUCUUCUACGUGAGACGGCGAGUGCAGCGCAUGGCGGAGCAUGUCAGUUGCCACCCCCGCUACCGAGAGACUACGCUCAGUCUGGUCAAGACCGUUGUCAUCAUCCUGGGGGCAUUCGUGGUCUGCUGGACACCAGGCCAGGUGGUGCUGCUCCUGGAUGGUCUGGGCUGCAAGUCCUGCAACGUCCUGGCUGUAGAGAAGUAUUUCUUACUCUUGGCUGAAGCCAAUUCGCUGGUCAAUGCCGCAGUGUACUCGUGCCGAGAUGCUGAGAUGCGUCGUACCUUCCGUCGCCUCCUCUGCUGUGUGUGCCUCCGCCGAGCCUCCCACGAGUCUGUCCGCUACACAUCCUCUGCUCAGGCAGGUGUCAGCACUCGUAUCAUGCUUCCUGAAAAUGGCCACCCCCUGAUGGACUCCACACUUUAGCUACCUUGGACUUCAGCGGGAUGCAGCAAGCACCAGCUCUGCAGCCCCUGACAACUCAUGGAUGUGUCUGGCUUGUCCCAAGCAGUGGAGCUGAUUUAAAGGCAGACUCCCUGGUCUGGCAUGACACAGAACUACUGCCAGCCCUCCCCAGGCAAACAGCUCUGCCCACCCCAGGUCUGGGUUCAUCUCUAAGAGCUUGGGAGAGUCAGAUGGGGUGCAGGAAUCUGGCUCUGUUCAAUCAUCUCAGGUUUUGGGGCUUUUUAACAGACAUUUUCUGUUUUUACUGCAUAUCUCUGGUAAGAUCUGCAGACUGGUUCCUCCUAUGUGAUGCUGUGGGUAUUAAGGGUGGGAGAGAGGGAUGAGGGUUUUCUCACACCAUGCUGUCCAGUGUGAUAGGGUAACAGAGAUGGACCACAGACGCACCAUCUUCCUGUGGAUGUACUUUCACGGCACAGACUGAGGGGUGCUGAGCAUGACCUGGGGAAGGUUUGUGGCCCUUUGCAGCCUUCAGGGGCUGGUCUGUCCCCAUUGGAAUUGAAGGGAUACAUGGGGAGGGCAUGAUACAAGGAGUAAACCUUUCUCUGAGGUC